AGACGCAGAGAGCGAGAGAGCGAGAGAGCGAGAUGUGUGGAAGAGCUCGGUGUACAGUAAGAGCGGAUGAUAUUCCAAGGGCAUGUGGCAUCAACGAUGGCCCCAUACGCUCUGUGCAAAUGGACAGUACUCUUUCAGUUAUCGCCCAUCUUACAAUGUUUCACCUACGGCGUAUAUGCCCGUUGUUCGGAGAGAAGAUGGAACUGGUGGUGACGGUGCUGUGCUUCACUGCAUGAAGUGGGGACUGAUUCCCAGUUUCACCAAGAAAACUGAGAAGCCUGAUCACUUUAAGAUGUUCAAUGCUCGAUCAGAAUCAAUACGCGAAAAAGCUUCUUUUCGUCGUCUUGUUCCUAACAAUCGGUGCCUUGUGGCUGUAGAAGGAUUCUAUGAGUGGAAAAAAGAUGGGUCAAAGAAGCAGCCUUAUUAUAUUCAUUUUAAGGAUGAAAGACCUCUUGUUUUUGCUGCUCUUUAUGAUUCCUGGAAUAACUCUGAAGGCGAGGUUCUAUAUACGUUCACCAUUGUGACAACUUGUUCUUCAUCAUCUUUGCAGUGGCUUCAUGAUAGGAUGCCUGUUAUUUUGGGUAACGAAGGCUCUACUGAUGCAUGGCUAAAUGGUUCUUUAUCUAAAUUGGACUCUGUGCUUAAACCCUAUGAAGAUCCUGACUUGGUGUGGUACCCUGUGACACCUGCAAUGGGAAAAACAUCAUUGAAUGGACCUGAGUGCAUCAAGGAGAUACAAUUAAAAUCCAAGGAGAAGAACUCAAUCUCAAAGUUCUUUACAAAGAAAACUGAGAAUCAACAGGAGUCUGCCAGGAUAAAUCUCCUUGAAAAUGUUAAAGAUGAACCUGGCAAUCAAGAAGACACUGAAGAUGCAACUGAUUCCAAAGGAAAUAAUGGUUCUAAAUCUGAUGUUUCUUCCUUACUUCAAGAGGAAGCUGGCAAGUGUGGAAUAAAACGCGACUAUGAAGAAUCUGCAGCUGAUUUGAAGUCGACAAUUGACAAGUUGGAAACAAGUCACGCAAAGAAAAAGGCAAACCUUAAGAGUGCAGGUGACAAACAACCAACUCUGCUCUCAUACUUUGGUAAAAGCUAGAAGCUUUGUGUAUCAAAGGAUAUAAAUUUCUUGUGUAAACUCACAUGUAUGUAGGUAGAGGUUGAGAAUGACUUUGUAGUUUUGUUUGUCUAGAUCUCGGCAGAGAAGCUUCUGUUGUACCAAACUAGUGCCGAUGUAUCUUUUUUCUUAUAUGUUCUUCAAAAUGCUUUUUCUGUA